UCUUCUCCACUCCACACCUGUAACCUGCCCACCCGAGACGACCGAGUGCUGUACGCGGACCUGGACCCGUGCACCUCGUACAUCAGCCUCAGCGAGGAGUGGCGGAACACCGAGUUCGCCAUCAACGGCAGCAACGGCAAGCCGGCGUGCGACCGGGACAUGGCGGGCGAGUGGUACCGCUUCACCGGGCUGGCGGGCGACGUCAUGCCCACGUUCUGCGUCGACGAGAACCACUGCGGUACGCACGCGCCCGUCUGGCUCAACGGCACGCACCCGCGCCUGCUGGACGGCGUCGUGAGCGUGCCCGCCUGCGCCGCCUUCCGCGACAACUGCUGCAUGUGGCAGUCGACGGUGGACGUGAAGGCGUGCUCCGGUGGCUACUACGUGUACCGCCUGCCGCGCCCGCCCGUGUGCUACCACGUCUACUGCGGACACUUCUACGAGCCGUGCGAGAGAGACAGCUCCUCCUGCCAGGGAGAAGACUGCGCCCAACCUCCCAGCUGUCGCUGCGGCCAUGGCAUGCUGCUCGCAGAGGACGGCAACACCUGCAUGGACGUCAACGAGUGCGAGGAGGCGAAUGGAGGCUGCGCCGAGGUGUGCGUCAACCUGCGCGCCUCCUUCCGAUGCGAGUGCCCCGUGGGCCAGGUGCUGUCCCCUGACGGCCGCUCAUGUCUGGGUGAGGGACAGAGGGCCGUGGGCCGCACCGGCGGGAUCCCGCGGCACGUCUCGCGCGAGCUUCCGGAGAUGCGGGCAGAACAAAUGACCCUGUGCGAGACGAACAACGGAGGCUGCAGCCACCUGUGCGUGGCCGCCGAGAGCUCCCACCACUGCGAGUGCCCUCGUGGGCUCCUUCUGGCCGAAGACAACCGCACCUGCCAGGUUCCCGUGAGAUGCAGCCCCGACGCUAUUGAUGUGGCCGUGCCAAAGGACCAGGUGCGAGGACUGGAGCUCUUCCUGGCCAACGCCUCCUGUAAGGGCGUCUCCAACGGUACGCACGUCAAUGUGCACUUUGGCCUCAAGACGUGCGGCACGACAUUGGAGGUCACAGCAGAUAAGAUUAUUGCAAGCAAUGUCCUGACGGGAAUUCCCAAGCAAGGUCCUGGAAGCAAUGGCGACCUAAUCAUCCGCACCAGCAAGCUUCUUAUUCAGGUGUUCUGCGAGUUCCCCCGUCACGAGCUCCUCUCCCAGGGCUUCCUGCCCAAGCCGGGCAACCCCAUCCCGAGGCUGUGGGGCCACAGCCAGGGCCACUUCCCCUUCGCCCUGCUGCUGUACCGCGAGCCGAGCUUCGAGGCGCCCGUGGGGCCCGGCGAGAUGCCCCUCGCCGUCAAGCUGCACCAGCCGCUCUACUUCGGCCUGGCGCCCACGACUCGUCUCGACGGCCUCGAGGUGCUCGUUGAGCGCUGCUACGCGACGCCCGGGCAGAACGGCAACCACCUCGUCAAGUACUUUCUCAUUCGAGACGGGUGUCUCGUGGACAAUACCAUCCGACUCCUCCCUUCCAGUAACUUACUGAGCAAGCAUUACCAGGUGCAAGUAUUCAAAUUCCUGGGAAAAGAGAACAUGGAGGUGUUCCUGCACUGCGAGGUGACCGUGUGCCAGGCGUUCGACGCCGCGUCGCGCUGCUCCCAGGGCUGCAUGCGCCGCGUGCGUCGCUCGGCGCAGGGCGGCGGUGCCAGGCCGCGCCUCGCCGGGCCGCGGAUCCCCGUGAUCACCGGGGGCCCCAUCGUCAUGCACUCAUCGACGACGACCUAACUCCUUGGCUCGCCUGUUCACGGGCAGACCUCUCAGUCCUGCGUCUCCGCACGCAAAUACAAUAUACAGUAUGUAUUUUAACUCAUCGACCUAUUGGCUUUCCAGACCGAUCGUAUCCAGCAUAAAUUUGUUUAAGCGAGCAAAGUCUAGACGAGUAUUGACCUUCUGGGUCUCGUCAGCAGAGCUGCUCAGUGCCACGUUGCCAUUUUCUAAAGGUGGCCGUGAAGGCGUCGAUGCAGCCGACCGCAGUAACAAGACCAACAAACUCCACGCGUUCGUCAAUAGCACUGUGUAUGUGGCCUUAAAAUGAAAAAUAAAAAAUGCAUUCAAACCAUA